AUGAUAACAGCAAAUCAAGAUAUCGCUACUCGUCUUUACGUCAACCAAUCAGCACUUGAAAGCUCGAAUAUUCCAGUGUCUACUAAACCACCAGCUGAGUUUUACCCGUUUUUGCUCCUCACAAUGAUGCGAAUCCCAAACUUAUUUCACACCACUUUGCUAAUUUCAUUCUCGCUGUGUAACGUAGUUCAGGAGAUUCCAAUCGGUGGUAUUUUUGAGGCUGGAUCAAUAGGGGAAAAUGCCUUCUCUUUCGCUGUUUUCGCAUACAAUAAAGAUUCUCGUAAUAAAUUUCGACUUCUUCCAAAAGUCAGCAUUUUAUCACCACCCUAUGAUGCUCUCAGUGUUAUGAAUCGCUUCUGUGACCUCACUAGUGAUCCUGUCUUAGCCGUAUUUACCAGUGAACUCGCUUUCAAUUCAGAGGUGAACCACGUACUCGCAGACACUGCCUCUGCCCUACAAGUUCCACUUAUAACAAUUGCAAACGGAAAAAAUGGUCUGUUCACAAGAAAUUUAAUGCCUUCUACUAUUGAAGCUCUUGCUGAAAUUUUGGUCUAUGAGAACUGGACUUCGUUCUCGUACCUCACGACAAGUUUGGAAGGUAUUGACAGGUCAAAGCAGUUACUGGAGGAACUACAAGCACAAUGGAGCAAUCAUAGUCUAGAGGAAAUGCCAAUUCACCUCGUUCGUGUUCAUGGCAUUAACGAAUCGAGCCUUCAAGAUGCGCUGAACAGUCUUGAUGGAAGUCUAAAGAAGCGAACUGAGAGAAGGAUUAUCGUGGAUGCAAAAAUAACCGAGACAAAGGAGCUAAUGAAAAUGCUUUCUAGAAUGGGAAUGAAUAGAAAGGAAUACACAUUUCUUUACGCGGGUUUGAAUGUUGCUGACACAAACCUUGAAGACUACAUCUUCUCUGGUGUCAAGUUGGCUGGAUUUCGACUCCUCGACCCUGAGCGGUCAGAUGUGAAGAGGUUUCUUACAGACUGGAGUAAUUGGAACAGCCAGAGUUCUCCGCAGCCACUCUCACCUCCAUUCUACCACGCAGCAUUGAUGGCUGAUGCCAUCACCCUAUUCGUCUCAACCUUACGUUGUCGUCUUCAGCAAAUGGACUCCCAAAGAGCCAAUAUUUCCUUUGCUGAACUCGCAUCCGUCGCACAUCAAAUGCGUCAACCCACUUCCACCGAAAACAUGGCUUCUGGGUCCUACCAAUUCCGAAUAUCAAGUUGUUAUUUGGAUGGAAGAUUGAUGUACCAACAUGGCGCAUACCAAGUUCGUAGUCAUGGGACUAUUGCUGAACUGAGAAAGCGCUUCAUUAUUCAAAAUGAUCGAGACGGUUGCGGCGGCAUGGGUUUAAAGGGUCUGACAGGUGAUCUAAAGGCACCGGCGAUCAACGAGGAGAGGGUUGUUGGAGAUUUAGUUUUGUGGUCGGCGGAGGAAAACGUUGGUCUACAACCCGUUGCAAGGUGGUCAUCAGCCAGUGGUCUUAACUUUGAAGCUUUCAAACCCCCCUUGACAGAUCCAGGUCAGAAUUCCUCAGGUGCUGGUGAUGAUUUGCCGAAUGAAGAUGGUCUUCCACAGAUUUGGGCAGAAGAUUUUAAUCCAAAUGUAAUAAUUGAUCGUCAAAGAUUAGCGGAUUACCGAAAUCGAACAAUUCGAGUUGUUACUAUAUGGUCGAAACCAUUUGUCCAGCCAAAGCCUCGCAAACUUGACGCUCCAGAACCGCGUGGACUAGAUCGAUUCGAGGGAUUCUGUGUUGAUUUGCUGGAAGAAAUUAGCAAAAUAGUAGGCUUCAAGUAUGAAAUACACAUAGUCUAUGAUGGGAUCUUUGGUUCAAAGAUAGGUGAAUUGCCACCACAAAAGGUUGUCGUUCUUUCACGACGUCCACUGAGUAAUCAAAUUGAAAGGCGGAUCGAAACCCGUAGACUACAAGUUUGGAAUGGGUUGAUUGGGGAAAUCUUAAACAACACUGCUGAUCUUGUGAUGGCUCCACUUACUGUCAGUUACACCCGAGCUCAGGUUGUCGAAUUUUCGGAACCUUUUCUUGCUUUUGGUUUGUCUCUUAUUAUAAAGAAGCCCGGAAAACAGAAAUCGGGAAGCUUAUCAUUCCUCAGACCCCUCUCCAACGCCGUCUGGUUCGCGAUCUUUGGAGCUUGGAUUACUGUUAGUCUGGGGCUAUAUGUGAUUGCUAGGAUCAGUCCAACCGAAUGGCAGAUCAAAACCGAUCCCAUCACCAAGGAAAGAUACUUUAAUCGCAGAUUUUCUCUUGGAAAUUCAGUAUGGAUUUCCUUUGCAGCAUUUGUACAGCAGGGCGUUGAUUUUGCUCCUCGUGCUCCUGGAACACGACUUCUGGUUGCUAUUUGGUGGUUUGUGACACUCAUCCUCAUUGCAUUUUACACAGCUAAUCUUGCUGCAUUUCUUACCGUCUCUCUUCGUGUUCCGCCAAUAAAUGGAUGGACGGAUCUUCUUAAUUCCGACAUGGAAUAUGGGUCGUUGAAGUCGGGCUCUACGAGGGAUUUCUUUUUCAACACCAAACUUGAACCGUUUGCCCAACUUGGCUCUUGGAUGAGACGACAUCAGCAUGCUUUGGCCAGCAGUGUCGAUGAUGGUGUCGAACGAGUUCGUAACUCAAAGGGUAAAUAUGCCUUUGUUUUGGAGUCUGUGAUGAACGAGUACCACAACAAUCGUGAGCCCUGUGAUACAAUGAUGGUUGGUGGCGCAUUCGGGAAUUAUGGCUAUGGAAUUGCCCUACCAAGACACUCACCAAUGCGCGAGGUAUUGAGUGAUGCCGUUCUACGAUUGCGUGAGGCCCAAGUUAUAGCCAACCUUCGGAAGAAAUGGUGGAUUGAAAGAGGACAGUGCAAUGUAGCCGCAGACGCUGACAGAUCGGCUGCAAAUGCCCUGGCUUUGAUCAAUGUCGCUGGUGUGUUCCACAUUCUCACAGGGGGCCUAUUUCUUGCUCUAUUAGUUGCUGCACUGGAAUUGACCCAGCACUUGAGGUGCAGUCGUCGAAAUUGGCAAAGUAAACAAAGGAAUACCUUGUCGCUAAAAGAUGUUUUGAAGGCCAAUUCAAAUGUUGAUGACGUAGAUGCUGAUCCAUGGACAAGGCAAUAA